AUGGCGAUUGCCAUGCGCUGGCAGAAGCCUGACAAUGUCGCUGGCUCGUCAGCCCCAGCCAUUAUGGUUGGCCUAUUCGUCGCGUCUGGUGGUCUCUUGUUUGGUUAUGAUACUGGUGCAAUCAACGGCAUCCUCGCCAUGGACGAGUUCAAAAAACAGUUUUCUACGAAUUGCAGCGACGCCGGCGUCAAUACCAAUCUCUGCCCAAAAGACUCGUCGAUAAUUGUUGCCAUUCUUAGCGCUGGAACUGUUCUCGGCGCUCUGAUUGCCGCCCCAUUUGGGGACUUUUUGGGACGUCGCAAAUCUCUCCUUCUUGGCGUUGCACUCUUUUGCAUUGGUGCGAUUUGCCAAGUCUGCGCUGAAGACAUCCCUCUGCUUCUUGUUGGGCGAUUUCUUGCUGGUGUCGGCGUUGGUGCAGUCUCUGUACUUGUUCCCAUGUACCAAUCCGAGAUGGCUCCAAAAUGGAUUCGUGGUACUCUUGUAUGCGCAUAUCAACUCUCCAUCACAAUCGGCUUAUUGGGGGCUUCAAUUAUCAACAUCAUAACCUCACGGAUUCCCAACUCAGCGUCAUAUCGCAUCCCUCUCGGACUACAGAUAGUACCCGCUCUCAUCAUCACCGCGGGCCUACUUAUCCUUCCCGAGACCCCGCGAUUCCUCGUCAAAAAGGGUCGUAAUGAGGAGGCGGGCAUAUCGCUCAGUCGCUUACGUCGGCUAGAUAUUACUCACCCUGCUCUCAUUGAGGAGCUGCACGAAAUCAUUGCCAACCAUCAGUACGAGCUGACGCUGGGUGACGCCUCGUGGAAGGAAAUCUUUGUCGGCACGCCUCAUCUGGCACGUCGCACUUUUACCGGCUGUGGCUUGCAAAUGCUCCAGCAACUGUCCGGCAUCAAUUUCAUCAUGUACUUUAGCACAACCUUUUUCGGUGGUGCGGGCAUUGACAGCCCCUACACUAAAUCCCUCAUCAUACAAAUCAUCAAUGUCAUCUCGACCAUCCCCGGCCUCAUUGUCAUUGAGUCGUGGGGUCGACGCAGGCUGCUGAUGGCUGGUGCCAUCGGCAUGGCCGCUUGCCAGCUUAUUAUCGCAUCUUUUUUUACGGCGUCUGGCAAGGACCUGAGGACUGCACAGCAAACUAUCCUCAUGGUAUUUUGCUCUCUCAACAUAUUCUUCUUUGCUUCGUCGUGGGGUCCCGUGGUCUGGGUCGUCACCUCGGAAAUCUACCCUCUCAAGAUUCGAGCCAAGGCCAUGUCCAUCUCUACCGCUUCAAACUGGCUACUCAACUUCGGUAUUGCCUACAGCAUACCAUUCAUGGUGGACGUUGGUCCUGGUAAUGCUGGUUUCGGCCCCAAAAUUUUCUUCAUAUGGGGUGCCUUUUGCGUCAUUGCCGUCCUGUUUGUUUGGUGUAUGGUGUAUGAGACCAGCAAGAUCAGCCUUGAGCAGAUUGAUGAAAUGUAUGAGCGAGUGAACCACGCCUGGGAGAGUAAGAGAUUCGAGCCAAGCUGGAGCUUUCAGCAGAUUGUGGACGAAGGCUGGUCCCCAAGCGCCAUUCCUCCCCCAGGACAUGAGCUCCAUACGACCCCGUCACAAACGAGCGCCGAGACCACACUCAACGAUUCGGGGUCCACGACCACUACCCACGAAACUGGUCACUCGACAGACGAAGACAAGGCCGUGGCACCACCAACCAUGGCCAACGUCGACUUCAGCUACUAA